AUGUCGCCUGCUGGCACUGAUGAGCACCGUCAAAGUCAAGAACAACAAAACUCAGGGCAAGGACAGCGCAUUUUCAUGCAUGGAGUUGUCAGUACUCCUCUCCUGCAGGCUCCAGCCUUGAGAACUUACCUCCUUUCUUCAAACCGAGAGUUCUGGUAUCUCCUUCGUCUGAACGUUUGA